UUGUGACGCACUUCCUGCGCCGCGCUCGCCCGGUUCCUGUCCUCCCUCCGCCGGUUCCUGCGCGGCGGGAGCGGGUCCGGGGUCGGGUCUGUGAGGGACAGCGAGGCCCGGACGGGCCUCCCGGCGGCCGGUCACCGUUCUCAGGGGCUCCGUCCUCGGGUUCCGCAGGGAAGGGGCAUAGCGAGCGCCCCGGGGCUGUCGGUCAUUUAAUCCAUUCACAGCAACUUAAUCAGCUGACACUUUGAAUAAAAAGGGAAAAAAUGAUGUCAAGACAGGCCUUCCUCUGCGGUUUGGGGUCUCUGUACUUGUCCCUUCUGUUUGUAUUUCUCCUAAUGGAUGUUUACGCGAGGCCCGCAAAUAAUUCAGCCCUCAAAGAAAAGGCAGCUGACAGUAAAGAUGAGAACGAGAUCUUGCCCCCAGAUCACUUGAAUGGGGUCAAGAUGGAGAUGGACGGACACCUUAACAAAGAAUUCCAUCAGGAGGUUUUUCUGGGCAAAGAGAUGGAAGAGUUUGAGGAAGAUUCAGAACCCAGAAAAAACAGGAAGAAGCUCAUGGUCAUCUUUUCAAAGGUGGAUGUAAAUAAUGAUAAAAAGAUAGGUGCUAAAGAGAUGCAGCGCUGGAUCAUGGAAAAGACAGAUGAACAUUUCCAGGAAGCUGUGGAAGAGAACAAAAUGCACUUCCGAGCUGUGGACCCCGAUGGUGAUGGCCAUGUGUCCUGGGAUGAAUAUAAAAUUAAAUUUUUGGCGAGUAAGGGAUUUAAUGAAAAAGAGGUUGCAGAGAAGAUCAAAAACAAUGAAGAGCUCAAAAUAGAUGAAGAAACACAGGAAGUUUUAGAUAACCUGAAGGAUCGGUGGUACCAAGCUGACAACCCACCUCCUGAUUCCCUGUUGAAUGAAGAAGAAUUCUUGUCCUUUCUUCAUCCAGAGCAUAGUAGGGGGAUGCUGAAGUUCAUGGUGAAAGAAAUCAUCCGCGAUUUGGAUCAAGACGGAGAUAAGAAACUCACCCUGUCAGAGUUCAUUUCGUUACCUGUUGGAACUGUAGAGAACCAACAAGCUCAAGAUAUUGAUGACGACUGGGUGAAAGACAGAAGGAAGGAAUUUGAGGAGGUCAUUGAUGCCAACCACGAUGGCAUUGUCACAAUGGAAGAGCUGGAGGAAUAUAUGGAUCCCAUGAAUGAAUACAAUGCCCUAAAUGAAGCGAAACAAAUGAUAGCGGUAGCAGAUGAAAAUCAAAACCAUCACUUGGAGCUGGAGGAGAUCCUGAAAUACAGCGAGUACUUCACAGGCAGCAAACUUAUGGACUACGCACGGAACGUCCACGAGGAGUUCUGACCCCGCGCUCCUGCCCGGGGCUCAGAAGCACUUUCUUGCUUUUGAAAAGACAAAAUCCAACUCCCAAACAGACAGGAAGUUCCUUUGCUGCUAUCUGUGUCAUAUGCCUACGGUGUGUUGUCCUACACGUAAAAAACCUUCCGUCCAUAUGCAGGAUCUACAGCUCUGCCUUCGGUAUGAGGGGAAAAAGAAUGGCCCGUAAAUAAUGGCACAGGUUCUGGACUACAUGGUUUGUACAGUUAAUUCAGCUGAAGUUUCAGCUGCUUUUGGCUCGUUAUGUUUGAUGGAGGCUUCUUAACUAUUUAACUCUUCUUGCUGCCCUUAUAGCUGCUGACCCGUGGAAAUCACAAUUAAAACUGAAAGAUGUUGGGUUUUGUAAUAAAGGGGAUUGCGGUUCAAAUACUUGUAUUCUGACCUCAUGAGAAUAUCCAUACAUAGACUGAUUGGCUGAUCUUCCCAUAUUUUUUUCUCAAUGCAUCUCAAACUACUAUAAUUGUGUGUUAUUGGGAAUUUAAUACAAGUUCUUCCUCCAUCGCUGAACUAUUUUUGGGAGCUGUGGGGAAGAACUUAUUGUAAAAGUGACAAAGAAAACUGGUUGUGGUGUGACAGGUUCUGUGCUUGCUGCAGUGGGCAUGGGAGAGAUCCCAGAUUGCUUGUCUUAAAAAGUCCAGUUUCAUUCUAAAACAAUAGGGAAGGUUUCUUUGAGGACUUAAAUAUGUUGCACAGAGCAAUGGGGUUCACCCAGGUGUAUGAUUACUACGUAACUAAAAUUCAUUGUUAAAACUAGUAUAAUUACCUGCCUCUCCGCAAAUUAACGACACUGAUGAACUCAUGAAUGAUGAAGGCUUUGCUUUUGAGCUGCUUUUGCCAGGGCAAUGUACAGUCAGCACUUGGAAAGCUCGUUAAUACGGCUGGUUUGGGGUAAUCUCUGAAAGCAUCUUGCAACUCAAGGGUCACAUCCACUACUAAAACAGAAAACUUCUUCUUACUCCGGUUCCAUCCUCACUGUAAAAAACCCUCUUUCUGAAGGGUGGCCUGAAAAAGCAAGUGAGAUGUUAUAUUUGAUUAAAUUUAUUCUCUUAAUAUAAUGUAAAUAUAAGUAUUGUUGUCUCUUUCUGUUCCAGUAUUCCCUCCCUCCCUCCUUUUUUGUUGUGGAAUGCCUUGUCUCAGAGUCUUUUUAUGCCCUUAAAUCUUUUUUCAUUAAAUACUUGUCUCCACGCUUUGGAAAUAUUGCUGGGUUUAGGUCUGUCAGUGAGUGGGAAAAAAUAUCAGCUCUUCAGAAUUCUAUUGAUUUUUGAAAGAACUGCAAGAGAGGGAUCAAUUCAGUUGAUAAUCUCAUGUUAAAAUGAGUUUAGAGUUUGAGUGGGCAAGUUCUGUCUUGUCACACCUGAUGAUUAGAAGGCAAGUGUAGCUGAAAUAUGAUGGUGACAUUUGGAAAUGUAUCUGUCAAUAGAGGCAAAGAUUAUGCACACACAGCCUUAGUUUAAUAUUCUGAUAACAUGAGCAUGGAAUCUCUUGAGAAAUACACAGUAUUUAGCCAGCAACUGCAAAAAUAGUCAAGUAUGUACUGUUGUUGCAGUAUCUGCCACACGCCUGAUAAAUCUGAAGCUUGAGGAACAACUGUGAGAACUGAACUUUUAAUGUAUGGAGCAUGGAGCUGUGCACCUUAAUGUGUUUUCUUUUUCCUUGCCAGAAAUCAGGAUCACAUUUUAACUAAGAGCUGUCAGGACUGCAGGGUGAGAUCUGGAGGUACACGACAUUAUUCCUGUCUUGGAAUUUUAGAAGUUCAAACUAUUCUAGUUUGUCCGUAGUCUUAUUUAUUUUAAAAACAGAUUCUUAAAGCAUUUUCUAUGCACUCAAUCUUUCUCAGAUUCUUGCAGGUCCUUUCCCAUAGGGGAACCCUCACUUGCCUGUGAUCCCUAAGGAGCAGAGUCACUAUUUCUGCAGGUUAAUUCACUUCUGAAUGUUCUGCUGUCCCAAACAACCCUCCUUUGCAUUUAGAUGUAAGUUGACUGUAGAUCUGCUGUGUCUGGGAGGUCUGGCUGUGUUUUUUAACAGAAAUAAACCAUAUUUGAUUACUGUA